AUGACCGAGUACAAGUUAGUAGUGGUAGGGGCUGGUGGCGUAGGUAAAUCUGCAUUGACUAUACAGCUGAUACAAAACCAUUUCGUAGAUGAAUAUGACCCUACAAUAGAGGAUUCUUAUAGAAAGCAAGUUGUGAUUGACGGUGAAACUUGCCUUCUGGAUAUCUUGGAUACGGCUGGUCAAGAGGAAUACUCCGCGAUGAGGGAUCAAUAUAUGCGGACAGGUGAAGGUUUCCUGUUAGUUUUCGCAGUGAACAGUGCAAAAAGUUUUGAGGACAUUGGGUCAUACAGGGAGCAAAUCAAACGAGUGAAGGAUGCAGAAGAAGUACCGAUGGUCCUUGUAGGCAACAAGUGUGAUCUCCAGGCGUGGGCCGUGGACAUGACGCAGGCUCGAGAGGUAGCGCGAAGUUACGGUGUUCCUUUUGUAGAGACUUCAGCCAAGACACGAAUGGGCGUCGAUGAUGCCUUCUACACCUUAGUCCGAGAAAUCCGCAAAGACAAGGAGAGCCGCGGCAAAAAGUAUAGGAGAGGGAAUAAGAUCGGCUCACGGCGAAGGAUCAAGUGUGAACUACUCUAA